UUUAAAGAUGUUCAAUCACACAAGCAUUAUGUGUUAGGAAAUAAAUCUGAGCCGAUGAUGGACUAAGAAGAUAUGACAGAAAAAUAAUGUGAACCCUUUAUACACAGUAUACACUGUUUAAGUGACAGUUUAUGGUGAUUUAAGAUUUAACCAUUAACUAAGCACCCUUUGCCAUAAUCCAUCACAAUGAUUUUCCCGCAGUUAAAAAAAUACCUAGUAAAUAUUUUGGUAAACAACAUUUUGGUUUGUGUUUGUAUGGUUGUGUUAUGGCUCAGUGGAAGAACAGAAACCAAAAAUGUUAGAAACAUGUAUACGUUCAAGGGAAUUGAUACUGUGCACAAGGAUCACAACAUGGUAAUAUUUGUUUUGGAUAAAACAAUAUGGCCUUUUAGGGUGGAUCAUUUAAACGAGUCAUUAGCAAAGUUGAGUGAAAUAAAAACUUCAGAUCUUGGAAAUCUUAGGAUCUAUCCGGAGACUCAUUCAUGUUUGGAUUUCCUCCAGAACGAAGGUUAUAUUCUAGCUGCUGUGUACAGCUGUAAGGUUCCUAACUUGGCUGAGAAUCUUCUAGAUGCCUUUGACUUGACUAGAUACUUUGCAUAUCAAGUCUGCAGUGAGAAGGACAAGGCAAGCUCCAUAGUCACCCUACACACCCAGUCAGGGGUGGAUUUUGAAGACAUGCUGUACUUCGACUAUGACCUAAAGGAAAACUUGGGAAUCUUUGAGCUAAACGUCACCUUUUGUCCGAUAGAUGACAACGGCAUAUCUAUGAAAGCAGUUGAGAGGGCUCUAAAACUAUUCAAUGUCAGAACAACGUUAAAGCCUCCUCUUAGCACUACAGAAAAGCACAAAACGCAAAAUGAUUCUUCAGAGUAUUCAGUGCAAAUUGAUUACAAAGAAUUGAAGACUUUUACACAUUUAAAAACAGAAGAGGCUUUUGCCAGUGAUUUAGAUGAGAAGGAAAAGGAUGAAGAGGAUUAUUGAAAUUGUUUUACUAGUAAAAUAAAGUUCUAAAAU